CAUUCUCUCCAGCCAUGGAAAAUCAUAUCUCCUCCCCCAUCAACAGUGGCACUCUGGAGUACAAGUCUGGCCUCCCCCCCAUCUCCCCUGGGAGUUAUUCCCCCCUCCCUAAGCACUUACUUGGGGAAGAGGAUAUAAACAGAAAUGGCUCGCUAGAUGACGGCGAGGGUCACAGCUUUGAUUGCCAGCACUUCCAGUUAAGGCCUCCUGAACCAGUUUACAGCACUGUGAACAAACUAUGUGACAAAGCACCCUCCCCCCGACACUAUUCCCCAGUGGAGUGCGACAAAAGCCUCCUCCACUCCGCCCCCCUCCCAUAUCAGUUAAGCCUGUUCCCUGACUCAGACAUCACCAGGUAUUUCACACCUCCACCAAAUCUGUUCCUGUAUUUAAACGGCAUGUUACCAUUUCCUCGUGCACAGCUUGGCCUGCUCUCACUGCCUGCCUACGUAAAUGGGAUUGACCUCCGAGGAGCCACUCAUGAACAAGCAGCAGCAGCUCUGAAAGGGGCGGGGCAGGUGGUCACCAUCUUCGCCCAGUACAGACCAGAAGACCUUGCUCUAUGCUCCCCCCGACGGGCCCGCUCUCCUGUACCAGGUUCGUGCCCCUGGCCCCCGUGUCUGCUCUGA